AUGGAUUCUGUGGAAAAAAAGGCGUUGGUCUCGCUCAAGACCUGGUACGCACAUCUGCGCCCGAACACUGUAGACAUUGUCGGCGACUUUGCCGGCAAGGAGCUUUUUCUCAUCCAUGGCGAGUCUCUUCUUCGGCACUGCCUCGACGAGGUAGACUUCCACGAUAAUUUCCAGCUCCUGCACGCUGUCUGGGCCGUCGAGGACUUCUUGAGCAAGCUGUGCAAGAGGGGAUGCAACUUCGACAUCAUCUUCUUCAGCAACACGGAGCUUCUCUGUGCACCCAAUACCUGCAGACCUCAGGACAGAUACAAAUACCAGCUUGCUCGGACACUGCUCAUCCAGCACUUGAAGAAGAUCUUCUUGGCUGUGUUCGAUGGUACGCGGCACGUAUACGAGUACAGCGAUAUGAGCGACCCGGGCUUUGAAGAGUACAUCAAGACGCACACGGUUCACUUCGUUAUAUGUCACGAAGGUGUUGGCGAGGAUGACGAGGCUUCCAUCUCUCUCCGCUUGCUGAUUUACCAGUUCGUACGAUCGCAAAAGAAUGUUGCGAUUAUCAACUCUGUCGAGUUUCGAAGCUCCAAGGCAUUCUUCCCAAUGAUAAGUGGAACUACGAGCCGCACUCCGAGCUUGAAGUUGAAGAUAAAGGACGACGAGGUUUGUGAGUUGACAGAGUCCAUUUUCGAGAGGCUUCCUGAUAAGAUCGACCGCUUGCCAUCUGAGCAUGGCAACUUCACUCUUCGAAUGGCUGUCAGUGUUGCUAUCUGCCAGGCCUUACGAGUCCAUGCAGAAGACAAUAGAGAAGAAGUGGAUGAGCGUAUCAGCGCCUUCAUGCUACACCUGGCCAUCUUACAUGUAUGCAGUCUUCUAGAUCGCCAGAUUGAAUCGCAGACACCAAACCUGCCAGGCGACGUAGACUUUCUCCGCUCGUUCUGUGAGACGGCCCAUCUGAUGGUAUUGAAACGGCAUGCCAUCUACGACAGCUGCGAAGCCACUAGUCUCCAGUGGGACCUCUACGAUCUGGUAGAUGGGCGAGUGUUUUUCUACGUCCUGGGGAGGUUGAGACAAAAGCAACCCUUCCCGGAGAACGUCCUGAAAUUGGCCAGUGCAUUGCUGCAACUGGUGUUGGAUAAGGAAACCUCUCCUCUGGACCACCUCUACGCAACUUCUGCGACGACAGUAGUCGAUACUUCUCAACAGAAGCAGCCUGAAACGAGCGUGUUGGAGUUCAGCCACCCGGCACUCGACGACUUCCUAAGCGACAUCAACCUUAAGAUAGCCCCUGAGACCCGAGACCCGACUGCAGACGUUGUCUUUGAGGACCUGACGCACUGGCACAAUGCACGUAAAAGGCUCGUUCUGCCCAAGAUGCCCUCGAGAGUCGGCUUCUUUGGCAGAAAGCGGCAGCAGAAGAUGAUGGCCGACAUGACGGCGUACUCUGCCAGCUUAACAAACGCACAGGGGAAGUCCCUCGAGCCAGAGAUCAUCAUUGCAGCCUCGAAGAAGCCCAAGUCAUCGAACAACAGGAAGAACAACAAUUCGGUGCCGCAGGGCAAUUGGAAGAAGGCUCCCGGGGGCAGGGCAAAUGCUCUCAAAGCCGCGGCUGAGUGCCGGGAACUCAAAAUUAUGAAGAAACAGAAAGACGAGGCUAGGUACUGGGACAAGGAGUGCUCCGUGUAUGAAAAAGACCCUGACUUGGUGAGCCGCUACUGGAAAGCCUUGAAAUUUGCCCAGAGCAAGUCAUCGGGGGAGGGCACGAAGGCUCUGGUUUCCGAGGUCGACGUGUACAUGUGCAAUGUGCUGUGCAAGAUCUGGAGCAGGGAAGAGAUGAGCAGGAACUUGUCCGCAACUCACCACCGGGGAUACUACAUCAUCGCAAUGUUGUGGAACUGUAUGCGCAAGUGUUCCAACAAUCAGUCUCUCACGCCCGAAGUGGCGGAUGCUCUCACGCGGCUGAACAAGCAUCUAAAGAUGCCCUCUUUGCCCUUCCCCUUUUCCACCCCCAGCAGAAGCUUGCCUUUCAGAUUUGAUCUGGAGGCGCUGAGGGCAAUGAAGGAACUUCAGGUUGAUGCCCAAGCCCUGCAGCUGGAAUACGCUGGCCCGUACAUGGACCGGCGGUUCGAUUCUCGACCAGAUGAUCGUGUUCAAUUUGAACCCGACGCGUGGCAGAGACAAGUGCUGGACUCCAUUGACGAGGACGACAGCUUGAUCGUCGUGGCGCCGACCUCCGCCGGCAAAACCUUCAUAUCAUUCUACGCAAUGAAGAAGAUUCUGGAGUCUGACGACGAUUCGGUCAUCGUCUACGUAGCCCCAACCAAGGCCCUGGUCAAUCAGAUUGCCGCCGAGAUCAAUGCACGCUUCUCAAAGGACUACAGCAAGUCAAAGGUGUCGACCAAAUCAGUCUGGGCAAUUCACACAAGAGACUAUCGGGUCAACACCCCCACAGAAUGCCAGAUAUUGGUCACAGUGCCUCAAAUGUUGCAAAUCAUGCUCCUCUCACCCGUUAACGCGACCGGCACAAGGGCUUGGUCGAAGAGAGUGAAGCGGAUCAUCUUUGAUGAAGUUCACUGUAUCGGUCAGAAUGAAGACGGCGUGGUCUGGGAGCAGCUCCUGCUGCUGGCCCCAUGCCCCAUCAUUGCGCUGUCCGCUACGAUUGGGAAUCCAGGAGAGUUUCAAGAUUGGCUUCAGGCAACCCAAGUGAAAAAGGGGCGCAGGAUGAAGCUUGUCGUCCAUGAUGUCCGUUACUCAGAUUUGAGGAAGUUCAUUUACAAGCCGUCCAAGGACUUUUCUUUCCAGGGCUUACGGAAGAUACGAAAAUUGCCAGUUCCGGGUUUGGACGAAGGUCCACAGCUCUGCCAGAAUCUGAAGUUCAUCCAUCCUAUUGCGGCGCUCAUUGAUCGUAACAGAGGUGCCCUCGGCGACCUCAGUCUCGAGGCAAGGGACUGCUUUAUCCUGUGGAGGGAACUAAGCGAGACUCUCUCCCAUGAUGAUAUGCGAAAAUACGAGAUUGACGGUCCGGCAAAAGCCUUGCCGACUAUCAUCACCAAGUCCGACGUGAGAAAGUGGGAAGAGAGCCUCAAGUCAAGACUUUUGCACCUAAUUCAGCAAGAUUCAUCGGCUUUCGAAAGGCUCAAGAAUAAGCUAGGACAGGCUUUGGAGGUAGAGCGGAGCAUCCAGAAUGCAGUAACAGUAUCCGGUGGACCUCCGAAUCAUAAGGAGGCAUUGUUUCCAUUGGCCUGCGAUUUGCAUGAACAAGAUGCCUUGCCGGCUCUGGCAUUCAGCUAUGACCGAACAGAAUGCGAAAAACAAGUACAACAUGUCGUUCGGAAGCUAGAAGAGGCAGAGAAUCUCUGGAAAGAGUCAAGCCCGGAAUGGAAGCGAACAAUGGAUCGCUACCAAGCAUGGCAACGAGGAAAUAAAAAGAAGUCAGGAAAUGAGUCUAAAAAGACCAAGGCUUCUCAGAAAUCAAAGAAUAAGGAUGGCGAUGCGGACAGAUUGUCAAAGAUGGAUAUUGUUCAGUCAGAGGCAAAUGUCGAGCUCAGCCCCUGGGAGAGUUUCGACCCAGAUGGCCCCUUGGACCAGUUUAGCUUCGCGGACAAGGUGAAACUGCAGCUUUCCGAGUUGAACGAACACCUGGGAAAACUGAAGGACGAAAACCUCAAACGUUGGAUGAUUGAGGCUCUCCGACGUGGAGUUGGUGUUCAUCACGCAGGUAUCAAUCGACGAUACAGACAAAUAGUUGAGAUUCUCUUCCGCAAGGGUUACCUCAGGCUCGUUGUCGCGACCGGCACACUGGCUCUCGGUAUCAACAUGCCCUGCAAGACUGUGGUCUUCAGCGGCGACUCGAUCUUCCUCACAGCUCAGAACUACCGACAGGCAUCCGGCCGAGCUGGCCGUAGAGGCUUCGACCUCUUGGGGAACGUGGUCUUCAACGGCAUCCCCAAAGAGCGUGUCUACGAGAUCAUGUCCUCCCGACUGCCUGACCUCCGCGGCCAGUUCUGCAUCUCAACAAGUCUCAUCCUCCGAUUAUUCGGUCUUCUCCAUGGGACGAACAACGGAGACGUUGCAGUCGACUCUAUGAACGCUCUUCUAUCCCAGACGCGGAUCUUUGCAGGAGGCCCAGAGGCAAAAGGAGCUGUAAAGCAUCACUUGCGGUUCUCCAUCGACUACCUACGACGGCAUCACCUGCUGUCGGCAACAGGAGCGCCCCUCAACUUCGCAGGAUUGAUAGGCCAUCUCUAUUUCACUGAGAACUCUGUCUUUGCGUUUCAUUCCCUUCUCAAAGGUGGGUAUUUCCACAAUCUUUGCGCCAGAAUCGACAUCAAUCGUGAAGAAGUCAUGCUCGAAAUGAUGCUCGUACUAAGCCACUUGUUCAAUCGCAUCCCCGUCAAGCGAAGCGACGCCUUCGUCGAAUCAUUACACAGAUCCUCUUCGGUCGUCUUCCUCCCACGCCUGCCGGCUUCAGCAGAGAAGCUACUACUGGAGCAUAACGCAGAGACACUGAAAAUCUUCAGAGGCUACGUAAGCUCCUACAUCUCCCAUAACCUCGCCGGCCAGCCGGACUGUACCCUCCCCUUCUCAGGGCGAGCCGUGGGGGCUGCGAAUACGCCCCGACAGCCUGUCUUCACCCCCGGCAAACCACCCGCCACGAUCCGGUCGCCGUUCGUCGCCCUCUCCGGGUUCGACGACACAUUCAAGUCGAUCCACGACCUCUGCUCCACCGUCCGCGGCGGCGUCUUCCUCGAGGAGUCGGCCAUACCUUACAUCCCCGUCUGGCCCCGCGAGACCGCCACGGAGCACAACGCCUACCUGUACGACUUCUACAAGCACGCCUCCAUGAGCGUCCUGGUGCGCGACAACCGCAUCAAGGACGGCGACGUGUGGUUCCUGCUCAAGGACUUCUCUUUGACUCUUGCGGCCAUCGUGUCCAGCCUCGAGGGCCUCGCGGGUAGCCAGGCGGGAGAUGAUGGCGAGGAUGGCAAGGAGCAAGGGUUCGACGAGCAUGAGUUUGGCGAGAACGAGGCCGAGGCCCGUGAAAUCAACAGGGAGCAGGCUACACAGUUACCGGCGAAGAAACCAAAGGCUGCAACGAAGGACAGCUGGGAUGAUAGUGACGAGGAGGACGAAGGGGGCGAGCUGAAGACUGCUUCUUCAGCACCGACGAUCUGGAACAAUGGUGAUGUGGACGCACCCGCAUGGCAACGGGAUGGUCAAGGGUUGGCCAACGUGUUGAAGGCCUUUGUAUGCCUACAAGAGGAUUUCACUGAGAAAUUCAAGCGAGAAUGGGCGUGA